GAAGGCGCGUGCGUAGCAGGCGCAACCGAAUCUCUGGUAUAAAUAUAAUGAAUAUUUUCGGUAAAAUGACGUUUAUCAUGAGGAUUUUGACAUAACGUAUCCUCAAUAUCAACUAUAAACUAAAAAAAGUGAUAAAUGGACAUACCAAACCCGAGAGGUAGUUUCCAGUGACCAAUGGUAGAGAGUAAUCUUAUAAUGAGUAUUUUGAGGUUAAAAAUGGGUGUUUACACCGGCUAACGGACUGUGACACCUCUUGUGUGUAAACAAAACUAUCUUUACUCAACUACCAAAAGUGGAAGUUCAUUCAUAAAUAAAUAUAGAUAUGGCAUUCGUAUUAGAUAAUGGCGGGUAUACCGCCAAAGCUGGCUUCUCUAAUACUUCUCCCAUGAUCAUUCCCAAUUGCAUAAUGAAAGCGAAGAGCGAGCGUCGUCGGCCGUUCAUCGGUAACCAAAUAGAGGACUGUCGGGAUGCCUCAGGCCUAUUCUACAUGCUGCCCUACCACAAAGGUUACCUCGUUAACUGGGACAUCCAGAAGACAGUCUGGGACCACAUAUUCUCCAAAGACUGUCUCUCAGCUUCCCUGAACCACUGUCCAACGAUUAUAACGGAACCUCUCUUCAACUUCGCCCCGAUCCAAGAGGCAAUGGUCGAGAUAUUCUUCGAGGAGUACGAGUGUCCGAGUAUCCUGCUGGUUAAUGGAACAAGUCUGUCCUAUCAUCACUACAAGACCCUGCACCCCGAGAGCAAAGCCUGCCUAGUCGUCGACUCUGGCUACAGCUUCACACACAUCGUUCCUUACAUUAAUGGCGUCAAAGUGAAGGAGGGCAUAAGGAGGAUUGACGUUGGGGGUAAACUGCUCACUAAUCAUCUCAAAGAAAUUAUUUCCUAUCGUCAGUUGCACGUCAUGGACGAGACCUACGUCAUCAAUCAGGUGAAGGAGGACUCGUGCUUCGUCUCUCAGGAUUUCUUCAAGGACAUGGAGAGAGCGAAGAACAAAUUGGAGAAUAAUCCGAUUGUUAAGGACUACGUUCUCCCGGAUUACACAUCGUUGAGAAGGGGAUUCCUGAAGGAUCCAGAGCCACAGAGUGAACAUCAGACCCUGAGACUCAAUAACGAACGUUUCGCUAUUCCUGAGAUUCUAUUCAAUCCGUCCGAUGUUGGGAUUAGGCAGAUGGGAAUCCCCGAGGCUAUUGUGGACUCUGUCAAGGCCUGCGAGGAGGAGACCUGGCCUCAUCUACUAGCUAAUAUCAUUCUCAAUGGGGGUAAUUGCAAAUUCAAGGGCUUUCAGGAGAGGGUUUACAAGGAAUUGAGGAGCUUGUCACCUGAUGAGUUCAAGAUUAACGUCCACUUGGCUGAUAAUCCUGAGACCUAUGUGUGGGAGGGAGGGAAAUUGUUCGCGAGUGAUCCCUCCUUGAAAUCGUUCUUGGCGACGAGGGAGGAGUAUGAGGAGGAAGGACCUGCUUUGUGCUGCGAGAAGUUCAGUGGGUGUAUUUGAGGUUUGGAGUUUUUUUAAGUCUGUGGUUAACAUUUUGAGAUACUUGAGUUAGUUUGGAAAUUGUGGAAAUUUUUUUUAUUAAAAAAACUAUCAAAAUACCAUUGCUUUAUUAGAAACUGCCUAUUUCUUUGGCGUUUAAUGCAAUUUUUCAACUUCUCGUUAAUUGUCUAGUUUUCGAAUACUUCCUUCAACCCCUUUUUCAAUAAAAAAAAAGCAG